AUGGAGAGAAGAGACAGGGAUAAGGGGAGUUCAUCCUCGGUGCAUUCUGAUUCCCACCUAUGGAGGCGUCUAUGGAGCCUAAAAUUACCCCGUCAUAUCCUUCUAUUCAUAUGGAGAGCAUGCAAUGAAAUUCUACCAACGAAAAAUAACUUGUAUAAGAGGAAAGUGGUCACUGACCAGUUAUGCCCAAUGUGCGGCUCCGAGGCAGAAUCCGUCAGCCAUGCUCUGUGGAGGUGCGGCUCGGCUCAGGCGAUUUGGGGCUCCUGCAGGGGGCCCAUUCAGAAGUGCUCGACAGGGGCGGAGGAGUUCCUCAGGGUCUUCGCCGAUCUCUGCGAUAAGCUGGAUGAUAGGAACCUCGAGUACUUCGGCGCAAUCGCUCACAAGAUCUGGUCCCGGCGAAACAGGGUGGUCUUCAGAGGUGCGAUCCUGCCUCCGAACAUCCUGAUCAGAGAGGCCUUCGAUCUGGUGGAGGAGUUUCGGACUACUAAUUUGCAGGUUGAAACCUUAGGGCAAGGGGAGCAGUCUACCAGGGUUGGUUGGAGCAAACCAGAGGAAAACCGCAUCAAGAUCAAUUGGGACGCUGCUCUGGAUGGGGGAAGGAAACUGAUGGGGAUUGGAAUCAUCGCCAGGGAUCAUCAAGGUAGAGUGAGAGCAGCCAAGUGUGAAAUCCUUCCCCAUGUCAGGGACCCAGUGGCUGCGGAAGCAAUCGGCGCUCGGAGCGCUGUCUCUUUUGGCUGUUUUAUGGGGUUUCAAUCGGUUGAUCUAGAAGGUGACGCCCGAGAGAUUAUUCUAACUCUCUCUAAUCUGGAGGAAGUGGAUUCCGUCCAUGGGCAUUUUUUGGCCGAGACAAGGCAGAUGUUGGGAUCGUUGGUGUCUUGGAAGGUCUCCCACGUGAGACGAGAAGGAAACAAAGCAGCUCAUAGUCUAGCAAAAUUAGCUCUGUCAAAGCAGUGUAAUCAAGUGUGGAUUAACUCUUGUCCUAGUGAGUUGGUGUAUGUAGUAAAUGCUGAUAAUUAA